GAGCCCGCUCCGCUCGCAGUGGAAGGCGAGCGUUAGUUUUAAAUCGAACAAUUGACAACUCGCGCACCUAAUGAAAUUAAAAGGAGAUAGUUGCAUUCAACUGAAAAACUGGUCAUCUAGCAUGGCGGCAGCUAUCAUAUUAUGGGGGCAAUGAUUGCUCUACAUUGUCAAAGUUAAAAAUAUCGCAACGUGCGCAGGUCUAUAAAUGAAUACGUGUGGAGAGAAAAUACUCAGUUGCGUGACUGCAUAUGAGGCGCCUAGUGCAGCUCUCUCGUUUACUGACAGACUGUUCAUCCUGCUUAGGUUUGGUCUAAGGACAUCAAAACAUGUCUAUUAAGUACGAAAUCCAGCAGUCGGAAAAAUUUGGCAGGUACCUGACAGCGGCUAAAGACCUGCGUGCAGGCGAGACGAUUCUGUCGGAACAGCCAUUUGUUCUAGGCCCCAGCAGCGACACUGCGCUCGUCUGCUUCAACUGCUAUCUGCCAGUUAUCAGCAAGUUCUUUGUCUGCAAGAGCUGCGCCGUCGCGCCCAUUUGCCCAGACGAUGGUUGUCCAGAUACUAACGCCAAAUUUCAUACAAAGGCAGAGUGUGAUUUCUUUCGCGACCUAAAGCUAACAAAAGGUAUAAGUCCUAUGACAAUGGUGCAGAAUGUGGGCUCACUGACUGUACUACGAGUGUUGCUGAAGAAAAACACCGAUCUACAAGGAUGGGCGGAGUUUAUGCAGCUAGAGAAACAUCUUGAAGAAAGAAAGAACAGUGAAGUGUGGCAGUACUGUCAAAAUACAGUAAAGUUUGUAGAAUCUCUUGGCCUCCUUGAAAACAACACGGAUGAAGACCUUGUACAAAAGAUAUGCGCUAUCAUCGACAUAAACAGCUUCGAAGCUCGUGGUCCACCUAUGCCGGGCAUCGGGUGCUCAGAGUUCCUCCGAGGUGUGUACCUCAAGGCAGCACUCAUGGCUCACGAUUGUACCGGAAACACUCAUUUAUCCAUAAACGACAAUAAUUUGCUAGUGUGCCAUGCUAGCGUUGAUAUUAAGAAAGGUGAAGCUAUUUAUUUUAAUUAUACAGACCCUUUGAAAGGUACAACCCUUCGUCAGCAACAUUUAUUAAUCGGAAAGUAUUUCAUGUGCACGUGUGCCCGAUGUUCUGACGUCACAGAAAUUAGUACUUACUUGAGUUCUGCGAUAUGCCCUCAAUGUAAGACGGGCUAUGCAACCGAAGGCGACAAGGGGUGGGUUUGUAACAAGUGCGACAAGGUACUGCCUUCAGAAAUUAUUGGUUAUAAGGUGCAGUGCUGCUCUGAGAAGUUGGAUGCUAUUAAUAAAAAAGACGAGAAAGAACUAGAAGAAUACAUAAGGAACGUUUCUUUAGUGUUAGCUCCAAAUCAUUACUUGCUGUUAGAUGCAAAGCAAUGUUUGGCUGGCGUACUUAGAGACGCUAUCAACAGGGAACCGCGGCCUACUAAGAAGCUCAUGCGACGUAAGAUCGAACUUUGCCAAGAGUUACUACCGAUCAUCGAGACGCUUAGUCCUGGAAUAUGUAGAACUACAGCUAUAACCAUGUACGAAUUACACUCUACUAUGGUGCAACUGGCAAAGAAGUUAUUUGACGGUCGUGAAAUUACUGGAACUGAGUAUUUAGAUGAACUUAUGCGAGCAGAAAAAUAUUUGAAACGUGCUUUAGAAAUGUUGUUCAUUGAGCCUGGGAACUCACCAGAAGGUGAAUUAUGUGCAAAAGCGUUGGAGGAGUACCGAGCGUUAAAGGCGACAAUGAGCACAGUGCUUGACGCUAUUCAUGCUGAAGGCAAAACCUACGUUAGUCCUGCGGAUAAGGAAGAAACAGUUUAAC